AUUCGAUGUACCUCUCUAACUUCAGGCGCUCCCCGUUCCUGUAUUAAUCCAAUAUUCAACCAAAGCCUACCUCAAGUCGUAGCCUGACUGAUCAUUUUUAACAUCCCAACCAGCUAUUGCAACUUCGACAACAACAUGUGGCCGUGAUAAUCUACGAAUAUCCCUUAUUACUAUGUUCUCAUCCUCGGGUAGCGGCAAAAAGCCGCCGUCCCAACAGGAAAUGAUUCAAGUCGAUAGAUCUGAGUCGGCUUCACCAUUCUGGCGCGCCCAGAGAGAAGGCACUCCAAAAAGAACAAGCCGUGAGCAUAACCUAGUAAAGGGAGCAGCAUAUUCCCAUGCGGAUAUGCUCAAAUUCGAUAACUUGACACUAUCUGGCUCCUCAUCUAGGCCAAGAACUCCCCCAUCCACCUCUCCGCAGAAAGCUCGAACCAGCGAUGUUAGCUCACCGGCACCGAAACCCUCCUCUGGCCUGUCAUCGCCUCCGCUCAAAUCUUAUUUCAACUUCCUAUCAAAUACAAAUCAAGAUUGGAACGUCGAAGAUCCUGAAGUGCUAGAAGGAGAUGAUAUGCUUGGAUACGAAGAUGAUGAUGGAGAUGAUUUUGGUCUUCCUAGCUUGUCGAAUAUGAAGCGACGGACUCGACGAGCAGCCGCUGCUCAAAGUGGCAUCUCCUCGCGCUUCCAAACCACACCGCUAGACGCUGCACUUGGCUUCCAAAAUAGACGCUAUUCCGACAGUGCUGAUAUAGCUAUCGAACGACCUGCGCCAACAUACCCAAUGCCGAAGAAGAGUGAGGGGAAGAUUCUCAGACCACAAUACAAAGAUAUCCUUAAAGACCCGGCAAACGCCCUACACCUCAUCGACCAUCCCGCGACCCCUCCCAAUGCCACCCCGAAAGAAAUCGACGCAAUCAAUUCGCGAAUAACGAAGAUCAAUAAGUUCAAGAAAAUUCUCCAGGUCAGCACAAUACCCUUGACAGACCUUCGAGCUUUAGCAUGGAGUGGUGUUCCUGAGGAGGUUCGGGCUAUGACAUGGCAACUUCUGUUGAGCUACUUGCCAACUAGUAGCGAAAGACGCGUUGCGACACUGGAAAGAAAGAGAAAAGAGUAUCUCGAUGGGGUACGUCAGGCCUUUGAACGAGGGGGUACUAAUCCUAGCUCCAGCGGCCGGGCAAGAGGUUUAGAUGAAGCAAUAUGGCAUCAAAUUAGCAUCGACGUCCCUAGAACAAACCCCCAUAUUGAGCUAUACAGUUACGAAGCUACGCAGCGGUCGUUGGAACGAAUACUAUACCUCUGGGCAAUUCGACAUCCUGCGAGCGGCUACGUGCAAGGGAUUAACGAUUUGGUAACACCUUUCUGGCAAGUCUUUUUAGGAACCUACAUCACGGAUUGCAAUAUUGAGAGCGGCAUGGAUCCAGGGCAAUUGCCGAGAGCCGUGCUUGACGCUGUGGAAGCCGACUCAUUUUGGUGCCUAACAAAGUUGCUUGACGGGAUUCAAGACCAUUACAUUGUCGCUCAGCCCGGUAUUCAACGACAAGUUGCUGCGCUUCGAGAUCUUACAGCUAGGAUCGAUGAAGGACUUGCAAAGCAUCUUGAAAAUGAACACGUCGAGUUUAUUCAAUUCAGUUUCCGUUGGAUGAAUUGUCUUCUUAUGAGAGAAAUCAGUGUCCGCAACACCAUACGAAUGUGGGAUACUUAUCUUGCCGAGGAGCAAGGUUUCUCAGAGUUUCAUUUAUAUGUGUGCGCGGCCUUCUUAGUUAAAUGGUCAUCCAAACUGGUCAAAAUGGAUUUCCAGGAGAUUAUGAUGUUCCUCCAAGCAUUACCUACCCGGGACUGGACGGAAAAGGAUAUCGAACUUUUACUUAGCGAGGCCUUUAUAUGGCAAAGCCUCUUCAAGAAUUCGUCGGCCCAUUUAAGAGGAGGGCCCAGUCGAGCCCCGGCAACCAAUCUCCAAUUAUAGUAUCAAGGUGUUGCUAUUCACGAUACUCUACAAGAUCUGAUCAGCCACUUAGAAGAGGAGAGUUAACGCAAAAUAUGGGGCUCUAAGGCUUGUGGUACUAGAUUCGAGUUUG